UUCAGCAAGUUUCACGGCGACUUUACGGAUACCCUGGACGAUGUGGAGGCGACCAUAGACGCCCAGCUGUGGAGGUCGGCGGCGAACCACCUGGACAGCACGGACCUUGGCAGCGGUGCGGAUAUGUACCACGUGUGCAAAGUGAUGGCCAGGCUCGGUACCAGCGACCAGGGCGACGAGUGGGCCUUGAACGUGGUCGUCGUCGAGGGAGGCCAGUGGACGCGGGAGCGUCUGAGUGAGGCAGGCUAUGAA